UAGUGUAACUGUUCGCUAAGUUGUGCACCAGGCUGUGCAGAGUGACGUACAGCUGCACCUGAAGGCAGCACGCAGGGAGCGCAGCAGCAGCGUGCUGACGUCACAGACGGACUUGCCUCCACCGCAGGAGAAACGUGAAUCAGAGGAUCAGUGAUGGUCGGUGCUGCAGGUCUGUGCUGCAGGUCUGUGCCAAGGAGCGGACUCUUCUUCUUCCUCUUCACUCAGUUGCUCUCCUCUCGGUCUUACUCUGAUCUCCUCGGUCUUCUCCGCCCGGAGCGCAGAGCGAUGGGGGAAUGAUCAUCACCGAGCAGCCUCCUCUUCCUCCCGCUCCUCCGGUUGCUCUCCCCUGACAGUCGUCGGAGCUCUGCCCAGGAUGUGGGCCCCGCUGCUCGGCCAGGCUGCGGUGUUUGCGGCCCUUGUGGCGCUGAGCUCCUGCUUGACAGCAGGGUCUCACCUGUGCCCCCGGAGUUUAGACUGUGCCCGAGCAGGACGACACUUCUGCCCGCCCAGCAGCUCACACUGCGGCCCCUGCCUGCGCCCUCUGGUGGAGAACUCCCAUGGCCAAUGCGUGGUCAAGAGAAGACACGCUCCUCACUCCUCUGUGCACUUCAAUAACGGUGAGACCAACACCUACCCUGAGCUGGAUGAAGAGAUCGACUUCCUGUCUGCCGUCAUCAGUGAACAGAGAACAGAGUCUCGUCUGCCAGCUUCACCCUCCCAGGAUGUCUCUAAUCCCAAAACCAAGCAGCUCAGUGUGCUCAGCUACGACCACAGAGCACCUAUCACAGAGCCGCCCGUGAGCCAGAGCGUCCCGGUCACCACACUGGCUCCAUCCACCACCACCAACACCACAGACACCACACCCACUUUGCUCAGAGACCCCGUCAUCCUCUCCUACCCGUCCAAUGACCAUGUCUUCAUUAUCAUGAGUAGCGUCUUCAUCGUGGCAGGGUCGCUGGCUUUGAUAAUGGCAGGGGCCUGUUGGGUCAGAUUGCAGAAAGGUCUGCAUCUAACUCAGAAGAUGGACUCUCCUGUACAUCGACUGAUCAGAGCCCAAGCUUUUGAUAAUUUGCCUGGGGACAAGAAGCUGGCCCACAGUGCCCAGAUGUACCACUACCAGCACCAGAAGCAGCAAAUGCUUUCCCUGGAGAAAAACAGGGAUGAGCCAAAGGUUCCUGACUCAGGAGCAUCAACAGAUGAGGAGAACGAGGACGGGGAUUUCACAGUAUAUGAGUGUCCUGGAUUGGCACCUACGGGGGAAAUGGAAGUGAAGAACCCGCUGUUUGAUGACUCCCCCCUUUACCUUCAGAGGUUCCACUAGGAAACCUGGACAUUCAAACUCUGUCACACUCCAGAUCCAGUCCUUGUGUGUAAAUAGCAACAUUUACACACAUAACACACACUCCACAUACACUGCUGUACCCAGCCCAGUCCUUUUUAAUGGACAGUAUGGAGAGUGUUAGGUACAUGAAGGAGGAAGAGGAGUGAGGCAUUCAUGGACAUUUAAAGGACGGUUUAUUCGUUGGAGGCAGAACUGAAUCUGGGACCAAUGUCUCCCACUCUGUAGCCGCAUUCUUUCCUUUUCAUGUGCUCACCGUUUUUUUCGUAGUAUUGUUUACAACCUUACAAUCAGCCAGUCUCACAGAACUCCACACGACUUCUGUCAGGUAGCAGACACCCUGAAUAUCAUAUUAUAUACAAGAGCAGAGUCCAGUGCACAGACAGUUUUAUGAUGCUGCUGAGCAGAAACUCAGUAUUUCUGUCAGUCAAUUUGGAUGGAUUGUUAUGAAUCUUUAUGUUUAUUAAUCAGUAAAUACACUUUAAUUUAUUGAGCUCUUGCUGCAGGCUUUGGCUUUUAUUUAAGUAUUUAUAAAAAGAAAUGUGAUUUUAAUAUUUCAUGAACAAACCUCCAUGCAGCACCGUGAUCUGUAUCACUGUUUUGUAGCCAUUGUGUUCUCAGUCUAGUUGCUCUAUGCAUGAAUUGAUGAUGCUGUGUAUGAAACAUGAGAGUCAAUAUGCAUUUACAGUUUUACAAGUUUCUUGUGUGAACUUGCGAAUGACAUAUAACGGAUUUCAAAGGAAUUUGAAACUUCUCUAUCUGGAACUCUGAAACAGAGCGAGGCCAUCCUGUAUAUAUGGUAUCUGACUAACAUGGCUAGUCCCAAUGGUUUUGUGAUCUGUAUAUAGCUGCUAAUAUGUACAGAAAGAGCUCUUACCUCUCACUCAGUCUGUUACUACACAUGUUCCUCUAGAUUACCGAGUGCUGUGUCAAAUAUUGAGCUGUUUGCUUCCUCAUCACUGACUGUUUGCAGGGCUCCUACACAGGUCUGGAAAACAUAUUAUUCCCGUUAUAUGUGUUGUGCAGAACAGUUUUCAACUAAGCUGUGGUAGUUUUGCUUUGUAAGGGGAAAUAAUGUGCAAACUAUCACACCCUGAGCUCCGGAACUUUUCAUUAGCCGUGAACCUAGGACCUUUCAAUUCGACAAAGAUUUUAUCAGGCAAAACAUGACAAAAAGACCAAGGCUUGGUUGACAAUCAAGCAAUUAAGCAAAAAGAUUGAAAGAAAAACAUGGCAGGUCACAUAGAAAUAUGUUAAAUGCAUUUGAGAAUAUUUCAAAAAGAGGGUUCACAGCAUGGUGACACAUUAUUUAAGAGACAUAUCUUUCCUCAGAAAAGGAGAGUAUGUGAUAAUUGCAGUUACAUGAGGAGUCGCCAUAUUCCUAAUAAAAGACUUUGAUACGUGGAAGUUGCCAAUUUGAAAGUUAAAAACACCUUUCUCAUCAGACAUGGUAGCACUGGUCAGAAACCAUGUGAUGCACCAAAUAGAAUAUCCUGUUUGAUGCCAGUCACAUGUUGCAGCUCUGUGAAAACAAUUUUACAACAAUGGAAGUUAUCACAAAAAGGAAUUUUCAUUAUUGUUUAGACCCAAUUCGUGUCAUAGUCCUCAUACAAUUUUACAGCAGUAAAUACAAUUUUUCACUGUGGUAAUUUUUUUUUUAAACAUCAAUCAAAAUUCCGAUUUUUACACAUUCACUUGAUUUAACGAUAUUCUUUAAACAUUUGUGGACUCAUAUAAUCUGGUGUGCUGAUGUAAUGAAUCCAUCUCACUUUGACGAUUUGAAGGACUGUCAUAACUGAAUGAAAAUAACAAAAAGGUUAUCACUGCAUUUUUAUAGUGAUUCAAUCUGCAAUGUUGCUCAUAUGUCAGAUUGGAUUGAUGCAUCCCUGAUGGAUAUUCAGUUUUUUUGUUUUUGUUUCCUGGACCUGCUACCUUCACCUGUCCUAACCACUACACAGGACUUGAGGCGCUGUAUUUUGCUGCUCAUAUUUGUCCCACUGUGUAGCUCAUGGAUUAUAUUACACCGUAGGAUGAUUCUUUAGCUCCAGUGACAGGAGUGUAUAACUGUGGCCUCUCGCUGUCAUCUCUCAGGAAAGCCACUCUCUGUGGCUCCCCUCUUCAGCCUGCUCCCACUUUUUCAGCCUCUCUGCUCUCCCACAGUGGAAGAGCCUGUUAAACUGUACUCCACCUUCACAUACACAUACAUGAGUGUCACUAUGUAAAAAGAAAUAUAUACACCUGAUACCAGGAAGUAUUAAGACUGGAGAUCUUUAUUCAAACCCAUUGAGCUUGGUGAACAAAAUGAUGGACAAUUUAUCACUUACAUGGAUAUGGAAUUACCAGAAACUAUAUCAUUCUCAUGUUGUUUGCCUUAUUUAAUGGUACAUGGCUCGGCUUUCCCUUCACCUGUGCAGAGAGCGAAACAAAAAACGAGCUGGUUGUCUUGUUGUGGUCAUUCUCCAUCUGAUGAUGAUGAUGACUUGGUCUAUUGAAGGGAAGGGGGAAAGAGUAACUAACUUGGCAAGCUCUCUUUGAUAAAGACUGUUUUCAGACUACAUAUUAUACGUUCUACACACUAAGGAGGACUUCUGUGUGUGUUUAAUAUGCAUGUGGAUAUACCAGAGCCGAAAUGAAAUAAAUAUUUAUAUAA